UGUCCAGAGGAACUCACCUGACAACAGGACAGGACCUCCUCCCUCACAGUCUGUGACAAACACCCAAAGAGAGAGAGAGUCGUUUCACUCCGAGAGGGAUCCAUACCAGCAGCGCAGAGAAUCCGCUCGCUCCUGCCGCCGACGAAACCUCUUGGCCAUGGGGAGGGUUGGCAAGGAAAUCGCAGGUCAGGUCCUGAGCUUCGCGGGCCUGGUCCUGGCCGCGGUCUGCUGCGGCGUCCCCAUGUGGAGAGUCACCUCGUACAUCGGCGCCAACAUCGUGACGGGUCAGAUCGUCUGGGACGGACUGUGGAUGAACUGCGUGAUGCAGAGCACGGGCCAGAUGCAGUGCAAGCUCAACGACUCGGUGAUGAGGCUGUCGCAGGACCUGCAGGCCGCCCGGGCGCUGGUCAUCAUCUGCCUGGUCGUGGGCUUCGUCGGCUUCAUGAUCACAUUCAUCGGCACCAAGUGCACCAGCUGCCUGAAGAAAGACGCCAACAACGCCAACGUGGUCAUCAUCGGCGGCUGCCUCAUCAUCCUGUCCGCCGUCCUGGUGCUGAUCCCCGUCUGCUGGUCUGCAGCCAUCAGCGUCUCGGACUUCCAGAGCCCCUUGACCAUAGAGACCCAGAAGAGGGAAAUCGGGGCUUCUAUCUACAUCGGUUGGUCUGCAGCAGCGCUUCUUCUGAUUGGAGGGAUCAUCCUGACCACGUCGUGUCCUCCCAGCAGACCCGUAGCUCCCGGCUACGGAGCGCCCAUGUACCCGUACGGGCCGGCGAACACGGCGGCGUACCGUCCCGUCUACGCUCCCCCACCCAGCCAGGCGUACACCGGGACUUACUCCGGGACCUACGCACCGCCCAAGCCGUACGCAGCGCCGACCACAUACUCUGCCCGCCAGUAUCUUUAAAUCUGCAGGGACAGACGAGACGCAGAGACUUCCGUUUCCAACAUGGCUCCGUGAACUUGGCUUGAAACUGUGCGAUGAAACUGUGUCGGAGUGCAUGUUGUGUUUUUAGAACAUCAAAUGUAAUCCAGCAUCCUGUGAUGUGAAACUACUUAUUUUAUUAACUCUGAUUUUAAACUGAUUUCUCCUUUUUUAUUGUUGUUGGUUUAUUGUUCCACAGAAGAAAUCGUUGACAUAGGUGGAGCGUUGUUCUGUCUCCCUUAUGCAACCGAUAACAUGCGUCACUUUUCACAAGGAAAUAAAUGUCCAUGUAUUUAUUUUUCUGAACAGAGACUUUCUGAGCUGACUUUGAUUGUUUUAUGAAACACAAAACUGCUUCAAUAAAAUUAUUGAAUCUUUUUAAUUCUUA